AUGGAUACCAAAAUUGUAAAGCUUGAUGCCACCUAUGCCAAGAUCCUUUCUGAACUGGGUGCUCGUUUGUUUACAGAUGCCUUUGCCAAAAACAACACGCCCGAGGAUCUUGCUCUCUACCUGGAUUCAACCUACAGACCUGAAAUUCAAGCCAAGGAAUUGAAUGACCCUGCGGUGACCACGUAUAUGGCAUUCGAUCAGGAGAGUAACCAACCUGUGGCAUUUUGCCAGAUGCGACAAACCCAGCAUGUAUACGACUUUGUGGGCCAUCCAGAGGAUGCCAUUGAGCUGCAAAGAAUCUAUGUCGAUAAACAACGGGCAGGUAUGGGUCUGGGUAAAAAGCUACUUGCCGAAUGCGUUGCUAUGGCGACCAAGAUGGGCAAAAAGACCAUGUGGCUCGGUGUAUACGAACACAACCCCGAUGCCAUCAAGUUUUAUGCAAAGCAAGGUUUCUACAAAGUUGGUGCUCACACCUUUAAGCUUGGGAACAAAUUGGAAACGGAUCACAUCAUGAUCAAGUCUCUCAUUUAG